GUGAGCAUUUGGCCGCGCUCACAGAACACACAACAGAACUGCUAUAGUGACCAGAAUUACACCAGAGUGGAAUAAACCAAACUCAUCUUACGUCAGAGACGCCUGAAUCAUCUGAGAACCUUGCUGGAAUCACCCAAUGGAUCCACCACUGGCAGAGCAUUGUGCUCGUCUUCUCAGGCAACUAGAGAAGAUGAGAGCUGCUGAGGAGCUCACUGAUGUAGUUCUGCUAGCUGAUGGGAUUCCUUUUUCUUGCCACAAGGUGGUGUUGUCUGCAUUCAGCCCUUACUUUCAGGCCAUGUUUACAUGUGGUUUGAAAGAAACGAGGGGGGGUGAGAUACCCCUGAGAGACACCCCUGCUCACAGCCUGGGCCUUCUCCUUGGUUACAUGUACCGUGCAGAGCUCCCCCUGUCCAACGACAACAUCCAGGCAGUGUCUGCUGCUGCCUUCCUGCUUCAUAUAGAUGGAGCCUUCAGGUUGUGUCAAAACCACAUGGAGGCCAGUAUGGAUGUUUCCAACUGUGUUGGUUUGUACCACUGGGCCAGAGACCUGGGGGCCACUGGUUUAGCUGACUGUGCUUUUCGAUACCUCUGCCAACACUUUGCACAGGUUUGUGAGGAGGAAGAAAUCCUCGAGCUAGAUGCUGACAGACUGGCAGAUCUACUAGCUUCAGACGACCUCAACAUUUCCCAGGAGGAGGUGGUGCUGGAACUAGUGUUGCGUUGGGUGGAGAGGCGGUGUGGGAACUUGCAGAGUGAAGCUCAGGCUGUGGAGUUACUAAGGCAUGUCCGCCUGGAGCUUGUGGACCCUGUGGUGCUACGGAGAGCCAGGAGAAGAAACCCGGUUUUGCUGCAGGACUUUGAGUGCAUUGCAAUGAUCAAUGCUGCCCUCCAGACUUCAGGUCUCUGUGAGGCUCCGACUCCACCUCGACCAGCUCUCCGUUAUGGGAUGGAGACCACCGACAUCCUGCUCUGCCUGGGAGGGGUGGACAAAGAUGGAGUGCCUGCACGACGUGGCGGACUCGCGGAUCUCAGCUUUUGCUUUGCCCCCAAUGGCAGAGGAACUUACUACAUACCUUCUCCUCUGAAAGGAUGUGGAGGCUUUGGUCAGAUCACAGCAGGGGUUGUAACACGUGACAACAGCAUAGUUGUUGCAGUGGAGGCGCAGGGCCAAAACAGGGAGAAGAGAAUGGAUAUCUUUAGAUAUGAUCCUGCAGAGGAGUCCUGCUGGGUGGAGCUUUGCUCACCUGCACACAGAGACAUGUUUGCUUUAGGGAUGCUGGGCAACGCCCUCUACAUGAUUGGUGGCCGGAUGAAAGUGCACCAUCAUUACAUCAUCACAGACAGUGUGGUGAGGUGGUCACUAAAGAGAGGAGGCAGUUGGCUGUCUUUCGCCCCGCUGCCUCUUCCUUUAGCCUGCCACUGCACUGUCAGCCUGAAGGAGCAUCUUUAUGUGCUGGGAGGCUGGACACCACAGAACCUACCAGAUGAAGAGCCAGAUAAACUGAGUAACCGAGUGUUUCAGUUCGAUCCCGGUAAGGACAGAUGGACAGAAUGCGCCAGGAUGAAGUACUCGAGGUAUCGCUGUGGCACCGCUGUUCUCAAUGGAGAAAUCUACAUUUUAGGUGGCAUAGGGUGUGAUGGAGAAGAUCGAGGACAAUCACGUAGCUGUCUGAACUCUGUAGAGAUCUACAACCCAGAAACAGACAGUUGGAGGCCAGGACCGACUCUGCCUACAUCUUUGCUCUCCCUCAGAAACUACACCUCCAAUGUAGGAGCAGUUCAUGGCAAACUGUACCUUUGUGGAUACUACAAGGGGGCUAGCCGCCAUGAGAUCAUCACCAAGGAGAUUUUGGAACUGGACCCUACAGAGAAUGCAUGGGCAGUGGUAGAAAGACGUGCAGCAAUGCAAGACAGCUAUGAUGUCUGACUGGUGGCUAACCUCAAUCCUCGUGAUCUCUUUACAUCAUAACUCAUCCUUUUAUGGUGAAGAGCAAAACACUGCUGGAGGUUCAGGGUAUAGCGUGUGUCCAAAUUCACAUGAAUUACUGUUGGUUUGUUCAUUAAAAAACAAAUUGAGGUCAGACAUUUCUGAACAUGCCACAUAGUAAAAAUAAUAAUAUGUCGAUAGAAGAAGUCAUAUGUACUUGUUCUGGUGGAAGGAUGUGCUUUUUUCUUUUAUUUGUAUGUCUUAGAUUUUCAGUAUAUAGUGCAUAAUAGCAAAGGUGGGUCGUAACACAUUACAUUUUGUUACGCUUGGGUCGCAUUUUACUGCGCGGCUCGUUCUCCCAAGAUGCAGCAGGAACUCCGGAGGCAAAAAUGCAGGUAAGACGAUGAUUUAUUCUCAUAAAUCCUUCAAAAAUACAAACAAGCGUGUGGAUAGCACGGGGAACAAAUGCAAAACUUAGCACAGGAAUCACAAGAUAAACAGGCAUAGGCACCAGAAGGAAAAUAUACACAAACGUGACCUGUUGCUUACAGGGAAUGAGUAGCUCUCUGAUUAGUGCCCAGGAGCAGUUGAGCCUCCAGCACAUUAAAUCAGAGGCAUGGGGAAACAAUCUGCGGUCAUGGCAACUAAAAAACAAACCCAGGGGUGCUCAAAACAGGAACUGAGGGAGUUAAAAACUAAACAAACAUGAUCCGGGCACCGGAUCACGACACAUUUACUCCAUUACAUUGACUUAAGUAAUUUUUUGCAUAAUUUGUAUUUGAGCAGAGUAGUUUUAAUCCAACAUACAUUACUUUCAAAAGUUACUUGAUUAUUUUUGUGAAGAACAAACAGUAUAUUUACUCUGUUACAUUGAGUUCCAUUAGAUACUUUUAUUCAUAUCGUCAUUAUAUUUAUUCAGAUUAUGUAUGUUAUUUUUUGGCUCGUUAGAGAGACCUCUUGUGAACUUUUAUUUACAGCAGUGAUGAAAAGUCCAUCAACGCCAACACGUGUGUAAGUGGCUGCAAGGCACCGAUUAGUGAUGAGUGUAAGGAAAGGCAAGGGAGAGUUGCAGACAAAUCAUUUUACAAGUUCAAAUCUCUGUACAGACAACUUGUACAUGGCAGAAGUGUCGCCAAAGUCACGCGUAAAAAGACAACCAAUAGAGGGUUCCUGCUUCACACACAUCUAAAUAUGCACACACAGACAUUUUUACAUACACUCUGAUCGAAAUACGGACUGACAGAUAUAUUUUCACACACAACAAAUCAUAAUACGGACAGACAACUGUCAUAUAUGUUGUAUAUAUAUGUAUGUGCUGCGGUUGCUUUUAGAAUGUUGCGACAGCUGCCAUAAAGGAGGUGCGUUGCUAGCCUGGUUGCUAUGUUUUCGGGAGUCAAAAAAAGGUGUUCGUCACGUGCUUGUAUCCUGCCCAAAUCUCUUAGUAAAGUUAUUCAUUGGAUUAUA